AGUCAAUUAAGUCCCAGCCUCAACAACCUAAUUACCGAGUGUUCAUGGCCGCCUUUACCCGUUUGGCUGUAGCUCUAGCCUUGGCUAUAGGUGUUGUGAAAGCAUCUCACCAUAAUACUUUUGACAAUGUGACCAUAUUUACACCACCUGAAAGCUGGGAGGACCGGCAAACCUCCUAUGGGCGGACAAUUCUCCUUAAUCACCAGCAGGAACAUCACAAACACCCUGUUAUGCUCUCGACCUGGUCAUUCGGGGCCCCCGACGGACCAUAUCUACCAAUAUUCAAGUCUAAAAAUGAAGGCGAGUCCUGGUUUGAGUAUUCAAAGCUCUACUUCACUCAUCAGAACUACACUGGCGGUGGCAUCUGGCAACCAUCUCUAUACGAACUGCCACGGCAAGUGGGCGACUUCCCACCCGGAACGAUUCUGGCAUCUGGAAAUGCCAUUCCCAAGGAUUUUUCAUCCACAAACAUUGAGGUCUAUGCCAGUCGAGACGGAGGGUUGACCUGGGAGUUUGUAUCCGUUGUCGCUACCGGGACUGCACCCAACACGACCAAUGGGGCCCAUCCAAUCUGGGAGCCGUUUAUCAUGUUGUACGAGGACCAACUUACCGUCUACUACUCGGACCAACGCGAUCCAUUGCACGGUCAGAAGCUGGCACACCAGUCGACGCGGGAUCUUGUCCACUGGGGACCCAUAGUUAACGACGUGGCAUAUGCUAAUUAUACCCUGCGCCCCGGUAUGACUACUGUGGAAAAGUUAGGCAAUGGGAAGUACAUCCUAUCCUAUGAGCUUGCCUUUGCAGCCGAAGUGCCUUAUGCUGUUCAUUACCGCAUUGCGGAUAGCCCACUCGAGUUUGACAGUGCCGAAUCUCACCUCCUCAGGUCCCAGGAUGGAACAAUCCCUGCGGCAUGCCCAUAUACGGUUUGGACACCGGAUGGGGGUCCGGAUGGGACGAUCGUUCUCAGUGAUGGAACGUAUGAGGAGGUUUUUAUCAACCGGGAGAAUGGCCAUCCGCAUGCCUGGAUUAAAGUCCCCACUGGAAAGGGCGUUGCGUAUUCGAGAUCCUUGACAGUCAUGCCGGAGAAGAAUGUGAUCUUGUUCCUCAAUGGGGGAUUGUAUGGGGCAGAGAGUACGACAGUAACUGCAGGAGAGUGGGAGAUCCCGACACAUCCUUGAGAACUGAUUUAGAAUCUAAAUUGGCUAAUUGAGAUUUGCCUGUCUGCUUUGAAGCGAUAAAUGAGGUAUUUAACCACACUAGGCUAAAAUAAAU